GAUCCACCAGUCCAACGGGGAGGUGAAGAUGUGCGACCACAAGGAGUGCCUCGCCAAGGACGCCCAUGUGGUGGGCAAGAAGAAGAUCAAGUAUUGCGUCCACAGCGCCGAGUCCAUCUCGGAAUGCCUCAGGUUCCUGAAGGUCCUGGAAGAGUGGCGGCGAGACGACGAGGAGGUGAAGAAGAUGAUUACGGCCGACCACCACGGCGACCACCACGGGCUCACGUUCAGGGACACCAAGCCCGCCGCGAGGGUGCACAGCAAGCGGGGCGGCGCCCCCGACGCGCUCGAGGACGAGGCCGCGGCGCUCCGAGCAGGCUGCCGCCGCCCGAGGGCGCACGCGGCAGCGGCUGGCGAUGCUGCGGGCGUGGAGGCCAGGGGUGACUUGCCGAGGCUGCAGCUGGCCGACGGUCCCACGGGGCCUCUGGCCCCGUGGGCCCGAGGCCGGGGGGAGCUGGCAUCCGAACCCGCAUGCCCCGGAGAUCGGGGGCAGGAGGACGUCAUCGCUCUCAGGGAGGAGGUGCACAAGGUUUUGCAGACGCUGGCGGACUUGCACGAUGUGCCGGGCUACGAGAAGAGGCCCAAGGACAUCCGCAAAUCGAACGACACGGUCGGCGUAUACAAAGUGCCGGAAGCGCUGCACCAGCACGAUGGACGGCUCUGGCUCUCCAGGGUGUACGGUACCGCCAGCGCGCUGCUGGACUUCCCCGAGCAGCAGCAUGCCAGGGCGAUCAGUGGCGCGAAGUACGAAUGGUUGUGGGUUUGCUUUUGUACGCCAGGCGACGUCAAAUCAGUUGUUCAGCCGUUGUUCCUGUCCUCUUUCGGGAUGGCCUUCUCCAGUUUCCUCGGCGCCUCCGCGGGCGUUCUUGUGGUGGCUGACGGGGAUUGGAUCUUCGGCCACAAGGUGUACGCUGUCGCGCUGGACGGCCAGGCGCAAAUCGCGCGGCCAGGCUUGGGGCAGUACAACAAGGAGUCCACGGUGUGGGUCUCGCCGACACAGUACCAGGCUUGCUUCCGCGCGUUGCGCAUUUAUUUCAGCACGGCUGUUUUUUUUACAAACGGGCGGUGCUACAAGGUUGCUACGGCGAGCGCGCCCGAAGACGCUGCGGGUGACUUGUUGGGCAAGAAGGUGCUCGUCCAGGCUACUGGGGCGCCUGGCGUGACGUACACUCGUACUGUGGUUGCGGUGAACGUGGAUAAGUUCAUCAAGGCCACCACGGCGGACUUGCGCGGCCCCUGGGUGCACUCCGCUUUCUACAGGCGCGUCGACGGCGACGCGCAGCCGGACGCGAGCUACCGCCCUGCCGUCGUCGCGGCGCGGCGGGCCCCGCUUGCAGUCGGAGACGCUGGUCGCUCGCGGUCCCCCGUGCGCGGCAGCCGCGUGUACGUGGCGCAGCUUCCUUGGACCCUGUCGAAGCACGAGGUGUUCGUCGACUUCGGCAAAGCUGGCGAGGUUUGUCGCGUGGAGUGGUACGCGGACUACCGUAAGCGCUUCAACGGGUCCUGCGUCGUCCAGUACGCGGACCCAGAGGCGGAGCGGCGGGUUUAG